GUUAUUUGGAAAGAGUGAAAGUAAAAUAAUUCAACUGCGAACAAAGACGGGGUCAGUUCAUCUCGAUACUUCAAAACUCCUAAGAACUUCACAAAUCCAGUGUGUGGGUCUUCCAGUGAGUUGGAGAGGAUUGAGGAACCAUGGCACAGUUUGGAACCUUGAUAUGGACUAUAACUAUUAUAUUGGUGCAUGUAAGCAUUGGAUCCUGUAUUGCAUGUGGUAGAGCAGAGUACAGAAUAUGGGAUGAAUGCUGCCCCAUGUGUUCACCAGGAAAUUGUGUACAUAGGCAUUGUACUGAAUUCACCAGCACCAGCUGCAUGCCCUGUGUUGAUUCUACAUUCCUUGAUGAGCCCAAUGGUCUCAUAAAAUGCAAAGUGUGUACCAACUGUGAUCCAGGUUUGGGUUUGAUGGUAAAGCAGCCAUGUACACCUUCAUCAGACACUGUCUGUGGGACACUGGAGGGGUUCUACUGUCUAGACCCAACUAAGGAUGGUUGUAGAGCAGCCCAGAGACACAGCAGCUGUAAACCUGGUCAAUACAUCAGCCACACAGGAACAACAUCUACAGAUACGAUGUGUUCUGACUGUACUGGUGACACCUAUUCAGAUGGAUCAUUUACAUCCUGCCAGCCACACACAGAGCAUCAUCAGAUUUAGAGGAAACACCAAGCAAUGUAGUACAAUGAAACAGAAGAAAGUACAACAUCUUGCAGGUGUUAGUUUUGUAGAUGAUUCAAGCUCUGACCGCACUCAUCAUUACAAAUGCUACCUGAGGUGAACUUGUGGUAAACUGGGAACUCUGGGGAAAGGACAAGGACAACACUAAAAGGGCACUGAACCCACACGUGGCGCCUCCACAAUACACUGAACCCACACGUGGCGCCUCCACAAUACACUGAACCCACACAUGGCGCCUGCACAAUACACUGAACCCACACAUGGCGCCUGCAUGAUACAACAUUAGAAUACAAGUUGUACUAAUCAUUAAGGUGGUUGUCAGCAUGACUUUCAACUGCACAAUAUGCAUGAAUUCAAAACGUUCUGCUGAGUUGACCCUAGAAAUGUAGCCUAGAUAGUAUCACUUCUUUAUUUCCCUUGUGAAACAGGUUCUACUACCAACAAGUAAAUACACUUCUAUCCACAGUUCUGUGGGAAACACAUUCACCCAAAAGCACCUUUUUACUGAAUUACUGUUGACACAUAAUUUACAGUUGACAGUCUUUUAACAUCCCCCACAAAACACAUAGUUAUAGUAUACGACUAGAUACAAAUCAUCGAACUGAACAAAUAAAAGAGCAAUAGACUUUUAAAACGUCCUCCUCCCUAACAUUCCCUGUUAUACAACUGUACGUGUUGGUUUCACUCUAAGCUGUAGGUCAAGGUUUCCUUCCUCAUAAAACCCCUCUCUUCCUGUUUUCUAUCUCUGCAAUCAAUGGACAAAUGUAUCUACAAUUAAAAUAAUCUAACAACAAUACAACUGUUUGCAGUUUAGCAGUAUUAUUAUGAUGAAUUUGUCAGACUACUCAGACAGAUAGGUAACAGAAUGUAAAUCUAAGCCUGCAAGCAUUGGGUACUUUCAAUUCUCUGCCUGUUUCAUUAAAAAAACUGCAGGGACUUUCCUAGUCAUACUGGAUGGGUGAAAACAAAUACCAUAAUGCUUUCCCCUGUCUCCUGUUCAGAUGAGUGACAAUGAAAGAAAGGAGAUAGAGGAAGCCCCUGUAGACUAUUGAGGUGCACCCCUACAGUAGGCUGUGGCUGCCUUGUUAUCAGUCCUGUAUUUCUCUCCCUCAGAAUGAGGAGACCAAGGAGCUGCUCUCACUUAUGACUCCACUGAUGAAGAAACAAAGCCGCUUGAUGACAUUGGAUCCUCCUCAAGAGGUCAAAGGGCAGACUGUAACCUCUCAGGCAGUAACAUCCCAGUCUGCUUCAGUGGCCCAGAAAUCAGGAGCAAACCCAGACUCAGAGCUGGAUAGCCUUCCUCUCCUCUGAGGACCCAGCGAGGGUGGAGCACAGUGAGACACUUCUACAGCCAGAGAGUCAAGAAAUGGAACAGCAAGGCCACAGAACAUGACAUACGCAGAGCUGUGGGAGACCAAAUGAAGCAUAGGUAGAGACAGGGGAAUUCCCCUUUACCACGCCACCACCAAACGCCUUCAACAGCCUUGAAAAGUUUGAUUCAUCUGUUUGAUCCAUUUGUUUGUUUCAGUCAUCGGUAGUUGAAUCCUUUGACGUAUUGUUGAUAAAAAAAUAAAAAAAUCAACAAAAAUGCAAUGGAUUGGUUUAAAGGUGAUACUAAACUUAUAUACCAUGCACAAUUUUGACAUAGUGGAAGAUAUACUGAAUUUGUACCGUUUUUCAUUCUAAGAUGGACCAAGAUGUACGUAGCUUUUGCAGAUAUUUGUUCAUUAGUUUUGCAAGAGUGUUGAUUGGUCGAUCAUUGGGUUCAAUACUUUUGCAAUAUAUUGAUGCCA